CAGGAACGUAUGAAAUCAAUGACAAUCUGAGAACUCUUCUGGUCAGUGUCAGCCUUGGAAGACCAAGUCUCGAAUCCGAUUCAGUCCAGCUGCUCAAGGUUAUAUUCGGCUGCGCUUUCUACCACAAGCACUUGACCAUAUCCUCAGCUCCACUAAGCGUUUCCUCGACAAUCUCAACACCAGCACUCUUGUCUUCACCAACUUAUAUCAACUUCAGCAUCAACAUACAGCACUCAAUAUGUCCUCGCACCGUAUCUCAAAAGCGGCCCGAGACUUGAUCAGACUUCUGGAAUCUGGUCAAAUGAACACCCUCACGGACCUCUGCCGCCUCGAGCGCACCGCCGUGGCCGUCGAAGAAGAGGUCGACUCAAAAGCUCUCCAAGAGCCCGUGACGGCCGCCUGGCGGUACUAUGUCAAUUCGAACCAGUUCCUCAUCGAGCUGCGCCGUCUGACGCCCACGUUCCCCUUCAGCGGCGAGUUGGUCGCCGAGGCGUACAGGCGUGUCAUGAACGAUCCGGAGACCAGGACGCGUAGCUGGAACCAGGCGUGGCUUUUGCUGGUCAAGAUGAAGGAAGAUGGUCUCCUGAUGGGCUAUGCCUCGACGGAGGCGCACAAGCAGGAGAUGUGGGGUGACAUGAUCCCUUCGCCCGAGCAACUUGCGAGCCUCGCCACUGAUGUUGAGAGGGCGUGGUCCAGGGCGGUGGAAAUCAUGCUGAGGAACUGGCCAAUCGCGCCCACGUACAGCUACAGUGCGCAUUGGAGAGGACUGCCACCUUCUUGAUU